GGAUUCCGCAACAACCCAUCAUGGGCUUCGUGACCAAGACCAACCACAAGCGCGUGCUGUACGUGGGCGGCCUCGAGAAGGGCGUGACCGAGGAGGUCCUCUCGGCGGCCUUCGUACCCUUCGGCCCGGUCAAGGACGUCCAGGUGCCCAUGGACUACACGGGCAAGACGCCCAAGAACAAGGGCCAUGGCUUCGUCGAGUUCGUCUCGGAGGACGAUGCAAAGGAAGCGAUGGACAACAUGGACGACUCGGAGCUCUACGGCAAGGUCAUCAAGGUCACGAUCGCCAAGCCGCAGUCGGCGCUGCGACCGGACGCCAAGCGCGCAGUCUGGGACGAGCAUGUGGACGAAGACCACAUUCUCGAGACGACGGGCGACGCGGCCGCCAAGCCCUAGGCAGCAAGGAACCAAGCAAUCCUGUACUAUGUAUUGAUGCGACUCUAUCGUUCUACACGCGCGGCUAC